AUGGCUCGAGGCUUUCCUCCCGUCGAAUUAGAUCAGACAUUAUACGAUCUUUACUCGCUUGAUGGCGGCGAUCCAAACUCAGUGGCCCAUGUCAUUGCCUUGGCGCCUCCAUUCAAGUGCGCAGCUUCGCUGCCAGUGAACACCAAAUACAUCUACCAGACGCCCAUGGCCCCACCUCUCGAUGCAGAAGUGUAUGCCCGCAUCUGUCUGGGUAAUGGUGCACAGAACCACGGCUUCAUGUCUGGGCCAAUUCCCUUGUACCUUUUCGACAUCGACCCACCGCCCUACGAUAUAGCCAACAAAUCUGUGGAAUCGCCCCCGGCCGCACAGACCGACGCUCAGCGAGUAUACGAUUGCCUGGUACCCUGGCAGCGACCCAAGCUGAACUUCAUCUCCGAUCCGGAUGCUUUUCGGCCAAAACCAAAUGUUCAUAUCUCGCCAUACCCACCGCUAGACUUCCUAGACAAUCAUCCCUGCAUCCUCAGCCAGGAGACACACUACGGGCUACUCUCAAAGCGCAACCUAGCACUAUCCGGGCUACCGACACCGCCUUCCGAUGUUAUUGAAGGCCAGCUAUCUCCAGAGGACGUGCAGGACAAUUUCAAAGUCGAGACAGAGACACAACGCAUCCUGGACGCCGUACGGGCCAAGCCAGCGCCAUUCGUGGUCAAGUUCCCGCAAUCAUUAUCGGGCCAGGGGGUGUUUGUGAUCCGCGACGAGACUGCUAAAAAAGCUCGACUGCCUAUUCUCGAGACAGAAGUAGCGCGCAUGAUCCGCACGCUGACACCGGAUAACGUGCAACUGCAGCCCGUCAGCCUAAUACUGCAAGAGGUGGUACCUGGCGAUAACACCAGGAAUCUGUCGCUGUUCAUCACACGGUCGGGUCGUGCCGUGCUCAUCAGCUGUGCUGAGCAGUUCCUCGAUGCGGAGGGCAUCUACCGUGGUAGUAUUCUAGACUACUGUCAGCAGGGUGAGCUGGAAGCGCAAUUUCGCGACACUAUCGACCAGGUGGCUGUGUAUGUGCACCGAAAUGGGUUCUACGGGCCUAUGGGCGCUGAUGUCAUGACUGAUCCGACUGACGGGCGUCAAUAUGUUGUUGACUUGAAUGUUCGCAUCACCGGUGACUAUAUGAUGGGCCCCCUGCGAGGCCACUUCCUGGAGCGGCGCGGGCUGACUGUGUCCUUCGUAAUUACGCCGUUGGUGGUGCUGGGUAACCGGGACCAAUUCGAGGAGCGAUUCGCAAAGGAGAUGAUGAACGGUCGUCUGAUCAUUAUUGGGUGGGCAAGAGGAAAGGGAGGGCGUUCCGGGCGUCAUGAAUACAGCGUGGCUUCGGUGGCCAUUGGGGGGAGAGAUCGAGAGCAUGCGCUGGAGCUGGUGGGUAGGAUAAAUGAGUUGGCAUUGUCGAAGCCGCAGUGA